AUCCGAUUAAUUUCACAAAUGGUCGAUCGUGGGUUCAAUACGAAAAAUUUAAUUAUCUGGCAACUAAACUUCUUGUUGUCUGCAUGGUUCUCCUUUACGUUACCUCAGUGACAGCAACAACAACUGCAACAGGGAAUAUUGCAAAUAAAACUUAAUAACUGCGACGACAGCAACGCAAUUGGUAGAAAUUAAUGUGAACUAUUAAAUCUUAAAAAAAAAGACUUGCGCCAUAAUCACUGAUAACGCUCUAAUUCAUUAGAAAUUGGAAAUUUGUAAAGCAUGUCUGUUAUAGCCGUUUAUCGCCCCUUCACAGUCAGCGCUUGCUGAUUGCACCUGUGCCACCGUUGCUACGGAGUUAAAUUUGCGCAAUUAUAAUAAACAAAAACAAAAGACAUUAUUCGUCAUGUAAAAAUUUACAAAACCGUUUAAUAUUUGAAUAUUUGAUUACCUAUACAUCACACUAAAUCCUAAAGCAAGGUGUAUAAUAUUCUCAUAAUGGAUCUCCUCCACCGAUUGCUGUACACUGCAAUAAGUGCUGCCUCAAUUAUAUAUUUCAUCGUGAAAACAAGUCUAUCGCAUUGGAAGCGUCGUGGUAUUUUACAUGAGAAACCGAAAUUCUUAGUUGGCAAUUUAGGUGGUGUUGGUGGCAAACGCCAUAUAAGCACUCUGCUGGAACAACUCUACGAAAAGUACAAAGGUCAGGCGCCCUUCAUAGGCUGCUAUGCAUACUUGAAGCCAAUGGUCUUAGUAUUGGACUUGGAAUUGGUGCAAAACGUGCUGGUGAAUCAUGCCGACCACUUCAAGGAACGUGGCGUGUUUGGUAAUGCGCCGCAUGAUCCGCUCUCCGCCAAUUUACUGCAGCAGGAUGGUGCAGACUGGCAACGUUUGAAUACCGUUGUGUGCCCAGCCUUUGUAGACGAGAAUAUUUCUCAGAUGUUACCCACUUUGGAGCGGGUCGCGCACACAAUGCAUCGUUCUUUGGCACUGUCGGCGGAUACGAAUGCAAUAGCUGUAAAUAAUUUGGUAGAUUGUUACAAUAUUGAUGUCAUAUCGACCUUGGCAUUCGGCGUUAGCGGUGAAACGCUACUGAACUCCGAUACGGAAUUCCGUCGUAUGGCGCGUAGUUACCUCAAAGACUUUAAUAUGUUCCGACUCUAUUUCCUUAUGUACUUCCCGAAUGUUGCACGCUUGUUGCGUUAUAAAAACUACGAACAAGCUGCGACUGAUUAUUUCUUAAAGCUUGUGCGUCAGAAACUUUUUGAGCAAGAGUGGAGUCGUUUGGAUAAGGGAAAUAGCUUCUUUCAUAUGUUUGCCGAAUUGAAGCGACAUCGAGAGGCGUCGAAACGUUUGAGUGACGAAGAAAUAGCGGCACAGGCCUUUUCAUUUAUUUUAAUGGGAUUGGAGACAUGUAACUCGGCGAUGGCUUUCUGCUUGUAUGAACUAGCGCUGCAGCCGGAACUGCAGCAGCGGGUGCGAGUAGAAAUAAGCGAAACGCUAAAACGAAGCGAAAAUGGUUUGGAUAAAAAGAGCUUGAAGUCCAUGCAUUUGCUCAGGCAGUGUUUGUACGAAACACUACGCAAACACACACCCUAUGCCUUCUUGUUACGCAAUACUAAUAAGGAUUACGAAAUACCCAAUUCUGUUUUUAUGCUGCAAACAGACAAUCAUCUAGUCAUCCCAAUAGCGGCAAUACACCGUGAUCCAGCGCUUUAUCCAGAGCCAAAUAAAUUCAGUCCCGAACGUUUUACUGAGGAAAACAUCAAGCGUCGCCAUCCAAUGGCUUACAUACCAUACGGAGCUGGCUCCCGCUACUGCCUGGCAAAGCAAUUCGCCGAAAUGCAAAUGCUAGUUGGCCUCGCGACUCUGUUGCGCGACUACAGUUUCAGUCCAUGCCGUGAAACUCCAAUUCCACUGGUUUACGACAACAAACGUUUAGUACUUAGUCCAAAGGGAAAUUUAAUAUUGAAGUUUCAACGAGUAUAAGGCGUAAGACAAGUGCGACUUAAAAAAAAAAAACAAAAAUUAGACAUUCUUCGCACACAAUUAACAGUUGUGCAUAAAAUUAUAAAAUGUAGAUCUUAUUUUCGCUCUUAAAUUUAUUGAACUUUUGAUGUACAAUGAUUCCGCUUUAUUGAUUUGAAAACAUUUUUUUUUCUCUGUACAAAUAUUUCCUUAACCAACCAUUUGACCACGAUUUACGAUUACGGAUUUUUAGAGUACGAUAUAUUUUGAAAUACUUUUUCUUUCUCAUGUUUUAAGAUAUACACUUCAGUAUAAAAAUUAAUAUAUUAUACAUAUACAUAUUUACAAAUGCAAAACAAACUGCAACUGCUGCGUCCGUAAAAAUUUGCUUUGCUGCUUGUGUAUGAAAACGCUCUACAUUAUAAGUUAUUCUUUAUAUACAAAUAUUUUUUUUUUGUUAUUUGUUCAACACAAAUGGGGAAGCACAUUGAAGACACGAACAAAAAUAUAUGCUAAUUAAAUAUAUAAAACAAAAA